CUAUAUCCAUUACUAUAGCUCUUAAAAUUGUAGUAUUUCCAUGAUUCUGAACCCUUCGCAAUAAAAUGAACUCUUUUGUGUGUAGUAUUUGCUUCCUUCUAAUUAUUUUGGUUCAUUUCAUUGAACAGCUACCCGGUUGUCACAUUUUUAUAUACCUAACCCAUCGCUAUAUUCCCUGACCCUAUUCCCAUGCAGCGGCUGCACAUAUUGGCUGUAUCACACAAAGUUCUGGCGAAAUGCAUUCCUUUCAAGUUUGUCUAUUUGUAGUUCUCACAGGCCGUUUCUCAGUCUUGGCGCACAGUUUCGUAUCCAAUAUCAAUAUCAAUGGUCUCUCGUACGAUGGCUUCCGCCCUACAGAGCCGGAUACACAUACAUUUUCGAUAGGGUGGUCAACAACUGCCUUCGAUCAAGGCUAUGUAAACCAGACCGGAUAUCAGACAGAAGAAAUCAUCUGCCAUAGGGGAGCGAAAAAUGCAAAAGGCCAUGCUCCAGUUUCAGCCGGCGGUAUCGUCCAUAUCCAAUGGAAUGGUUGGCCUCAGUCUCACAAAGGCCCGGUAUUAGAUUAUCUCGCAUCCUGCGGCAAGUCGUGCGAGACGGUUGAUAAAGACGCUUUGCGAUUUUUCAAAAUCAAUCAGGUUGGCUUGGUGGAUGGUUCUGAAGCACCGGGCCUAUGGGGCUCUGAUCAACUCAUUGCGAAUAAUAAUUCGUGGAUGGUAGAAAUUCCACAGCGGAUACAACCGGGCUACUACGUCUUGCGGACUGAAAUCAUCUCUCUGCAUAAUGCGUCGCGUGAAAUCGGAGCGCAGAACUAUCCGCAGUGUAUCAACUUGCAGAUCACUGGUGACGGCGCUGAAGCACCCCUCGGUACUCUCGGCAAGGAGCUCUAUGACCCGGACGAUCCGAGCAUGCACUUAGAUAUAUAUGAUGGUGUUUCGACAUACAAUAUCCCAGGGCCGACUCUCAUAUCCGGUGUUGAGACAGUGACGCUGAGUCACCCUCUUCCAACUGGAAGCGGAACGCCGCUUACUGAGUUCGUUAUCUCGGUCGCGCCGUCACCCACUGCGAUUUAGAAAACCCUUGGAUUAUUGAAGUUUCCCGAUUCGAUCGCGUUAGAGAGAAGUCAGAAACCAACCCCGCCACUAAUACAUGUCAGGUGGGAUACAAAUCUAAAUAACUUCUAGUUGUACCAUACCUGCAGAAAGUUCAUAUCUCAGCAUCCACAGAUAGGAUAACUCUAUUACCAUGUAACCAGGCAAUAAAGCUAGAAGAUUACCUACCUGUUGUGGAGGAAUGGGCCUCAAAAAG